AUGCAGUACUCAAAGAAGUGGGUGGAAUCUCCUUGAAUAAAGGAAAAGAUGGAGGUGCCAACAGUCUGCAGUGAAGAUAACGGUGUAUCUCAUGUUCUGACUCUAGUGCUACAAGAACUGAGUUUGCUCUGUAAAAGAGAUGUCAAUGGCGUUGGCAUGUUAUAUGACCUGCUCAGAUCUCGCUGGCUGCAAGCACUUUUAAAGAUUUAUGAAUGCCUCCAACAGUAUCUUGGAAAAAGACCAGUUCCUGUCACGCUGCAGGCACGCGCAUUGAAUCGUGAGGUGGUAGAGCUACUGCGUGAAGCCCCUCAGUCUGCUGAGAUCAAAGAGCUAAGGCGACUGCUGCGUGCUCCACACUUAAAGGCCUUGCUAUCUGCUCAUGAUACUGUAGCCCAGAAAGAUUUUGAACCAACCCUUCCACCACUGCCAGACAACAUACCUGACAAUGAGGAAGCCAUGCGGAUUGUCUGCUUAGUGAAGAACAACCAGCCUCUGGGUGCCACCAUAAAACGCCAUGAGAUAACAGGGGACAUAACAGUUGCCCGUGUGAUCCACGGUGGGCUAGCAGACAGAAGUGGGUUGCUGUAUGCUGGAGACAAACUGGUGGAAGUAAACGGAGUUCCUGUUGAGGGACUUGAGCCUGAGCAAGUUAUCAAUAUUCUGGCCUUGUCUCAGGGGACAAUUAUGUUCAAAUUAAUUCCUGUUUCUGACCGGCCCGUCAGCAACCAAACAACACUCUAUGUGCGAGCAAUGGCAGAUUACUGGCCCUUGCAAGAUCCUGCCAUACCAUGUGCUGAUGCAGGUUUGCCAUUUAAGAAGGGUGAAAUACUUCAGAUUGUGGACCAGAAUGAUGUUUUCUGGUGGCAAGCCAGGAAAGUUUCAGAUCUCAGUGCCUGUGCUGGACUUAUACCCUCAAAUCAUCUUCUUAAAAGGAAGCAACGAGAAUUCUGGUGGUCUCAGCCUUUCCAGCCCCAUCUCUGUCUCAAAUCAUCAAUGUUAAGCACUGUGGAAGAAGAGGAUGACAUGCAGAUUGAUGAGAAGUGUGUGGAAACAGAUGAAGAAACUUUUGAGUCUGAGGAGCUUAAAGAAGAGGAGGAAGAAUUUGGUGAAUUUGGUCAACGAGUCUUUAUUGCUGGUUUCCGCAGAAGUAUGCGCCUGUGUCGCAGGAAGUCCCGGACCAACCAGCAGUCAUGUUACACUCGGUGCCCCAGCAGCUGUUACAGUGCACUUGCAGCUCCAUAUGAAGAAGUGGUUAGGUACCAGCGGCACCCAGCAGACCGGAACAGACUAAUUAUACUAGUGGGUCCUGCAGGAGUUGGUGUGAACGAGCUAAGGCGAAGGCUUAUUGCAAGUAACCCACGAGAGUUUUCAAGUGCCAUACCUCACACAACUCGUGUUCAGAAGAGUUAUGAAAUGAAUGGUCGUGAAUAUCAUUAUGUAUCAAAGGAAACUUUUGAAAACAUGGUGUAUAGCCACAGAAUGCUGGAAUAUGGGGAGUACAAAGGGUACCUGUAUGGUACCAGUAUUGAUGCAGUGAGAACAGUCCUCGAUGAAGGGAAGAUCUGUGUCAUAGAUUUAGAGCCACAAGGCAUACAAGUAGCCCGAACCCAUGAAUUAAAGCCCUACAUCAUAUUCAUCAAGCCAUCCAGCAUAAGCUGCAUGAGGCAGACUCGUAAAAAUGCCAGGAUCAUUACAGAUUAUUAUGUGAACAUGAAGUUCAAGGAAGAAGAUUUACAGGAGAUGGAAGAUUCAGCUAAGAAAAUGGAAGCUCAGUUUGGUCAGUUUUUUGACCAAGUGAUUGUGAAUGAUAAUUUACAAGAAGCAUCUGAGCAACUGCUGUCUGCAGUCCAUCGUGCACAGGAUGAGCCCCAGUGGGUCCCUGCAAUAUGGAUAUGCUCAAACACUCAACCCUAAUUCUGAGCAGCAGGCAGCUUCAGAAAGAUUACAGCUUAUGUUUUACUUCAAGAAUAAUCCUAAUGUCAGGAUUGCAAGAAUUUAUCUUUGUAUGCAAGGGAUUUGGAAGAGGAUUAGGAAAGAAGCUGCUAUAGGCGAUAUAAUCAUACUAUGUUCUGUGUAGCUCUUCAGCUUUUUGUUACAGUUGCAUCCACUUUUGUACAAAAAAAGAAAUAUUGAGUGCUCAAUUAUAAGAAUAAAAAAAUUUAUUUUGUUGCAUGU